GAUGUGAACAGACUAGAAAUAUUUGGCUAAUAUUGGGGCAGUGGCAGCUGGUGCGUGCGAGGGGAGGGCGUGGAGAAGUCGCUUUCGCCAGCGCAGUCCCUUCAUUUGGCUUCACUCGCUGCCCCAGCAACCUUUUGCAGGCUCUCCCGCUGAACUCUCUCUCUCCCUCUCUAUCACUAUCACUAAUUCCCUCCUUUACCGCCAUUCUAGAAGCGGAGGGGAAACCAUGGAUCACGGUAGAAGUUGGCACCUAAAUUUUCUACGAGCACCGGUGGCGGUUCUGCUUUGCUUUCUGGCGCUACGGCCCCUUUCGGUGGUAACCAAGAGUCUCCGAGUGAAAGCAGGAGAUAAACACGACGACUAUGAGUAUCAGUUGAUUUCGCAUUCGUCACAGUACCAGAAGAACGAUCGGUGCCCGCCUCCCCCACAGGCAUUGCCGGACAGAGCUUGCGAAGUUACCAGUUGCAGGUCGGACUCUAAGUGUGAAAGGCACAAGCGCUGCUGCUACAAUGGUUGCAUUUACGCUUGUUUGGAAUCAGUGCAACCACCACCAGUUCUAGAUUGGUUGGUGCAACCAAAACCCAGGUGGCUUGGGGGCAAUGGAUGGCUACUUGAUGGACCAGAAGAGGUGCUUCAAGCUGAAGCCUGCAGCACCACUGAGGAUGGCGAUGAACCCUUGCAUUGUCCCACUGACUAUGAAUGUCACAUCACCAAUCCUGGGAAUCCUGCUGAAGGAAUUCCUAAUAGAGGACAGUGCAUAAAGCAAAGAGGAAAUAGUGAUGGACGACAUUUAAGACCGAAAAUGUUCAAAGACUACAAAGAUUAUUUUGGUUGUGAAAAUUGGACCAUUCAAAAUAUUCAAAAAUAAAAUGACAAACGCAUGAAGAGAAAUGGAUAACUGUCAAAUUGAGUUGAAAAAUUGCUAAACGAAUUGAAUGAAAGAGCACAUGAGCGAUUGGCAGUCUACUGCUACCCUUGUGUUUUCAUUUGCACAGGGCACAGAACAUGGCAAAGGUGCUCCAGUUCAGCUUCUUCCUGCAGGAACAACCAACCCACAAACAACUUCUCCCCAUUCUCCCACCCUUAUUUUCCCCUCUUCCCUGUGCCCCAACUGGAUACCUGGAUUUGCACCCAAUACCCCCGUCAACUUCCACCCAUAUUCCUUCCUCCAGCUUCACAUUUCACACCUCCUCUAUCCUUAUCUCACAAUUUUUGUCUUUUCAUCUUUGGUAUAGUAUAACCAUCUGAAAUUAAACCCACCCUCACCUGCAUCCACCUAUCACUUGCCAGACUAUGUCCACCACUCUUCUAACUUUCUGUGUCUUACCCCCCCACCCUCCCCGCCCUCCCCGCCACAAUGAAUCUGAAGCAGGGUCCCAACCUUUUCCAGAGAUGCUGCCUGACUGACUAACUCCAGCACUUUGUGUCUUUUUUUGGUAAACCAGCAUCUGCAGUUCCUUGUGUCUGCAGGAAUAAGCUGCUGGUUUCAGAUAUCAGAUAGGUUGUUAAAGUGGAUAUGCAAAUAAUACAUUUGUGUGCUGUCUACACUUCAGAAUUAGUACUGAAUGCUCACU